UCAGUGUUUGGUCUGUGUGUUCCCUCCAAGAACAAAACAAAAAACAAAGAACGAAAGCAAACAUGGGAAACAAGAACAUCAGCAAGAACAAAACUGAAGAUCCUGACAAGAAGGGGGGAGUGUCGUCCCCAUGGUCUCGCUCCACCUCCCAGCCACACCGCCUUGCAACAUUCAUCGGACUCAAAAGCCCCGUCGUCUGGAUUUUCCUCAUCAUCUUCAUUCUCUACGUCGCUUACUCCUCGAACAUCCUCACUGCGGAUCGCCCCGAAGAAUGCGCCCCCACCUUCACGGAAGAGCACCUCCACAACAUCUCCACGGUCGCCCAAUACAAUCUCCCUCUUUUUGAGGAUGGUGAAGUCGAAACCGACGAAACCAUCCAGCCGGUCCUGCCGCUCAAGUCCCAGCGCUACGACACGGACCUCAAACAUAUCGUCUUCUGCAUUGCAGGCUCCGCCAGCCUGUGGGCUAAGCGGAAGGAGUACAUAAAGCUGUGGUGGCGCCCCAAGGAGACGCGGGGAGUGGUGUGGCUCGACAGGCGAGUGGCGACGCGGAGGAACGAGGGGCUGCCUGAGCUGCGGAUCUCGGGCGACACUUCUCGGUUCAAGUACACGAACCGGCAGGGGCAGCGGUCGGCGGUGAGGAUAUCGAGGGUGGUGUCGGAGACUCUGAGGAUGGGGAUGAAGGAGGUGCGGUGGUUCGUGAUGGGCGACGACGACACGGUGUUCAUGGUGGAGAACGUGGUGAGGGUUCUAUCAAAAUACGACCAUAGGCAAUUUUAUUACAUUGGGAGCUCCUCGGAGAGCCAUGUGCAGAACAUUUACUUCUCUUACGCCAUGGCUUAUGGUGGGGGAGGGUUCGCCAUAAGCUAUCCGCUGGCUAAGGAGCUGGAGAAGAUGCAGGAUCGCUGCAUUCAGCGCUAUCCUGGAUUGUAUGGGAGUGAUGAUCGAAUCCAGGCUUGUAUGGCUGAGCUUGGGGUGCCCCUCACUAGAGAACCUGGAUUUCAUCAGUACGACGUGUACGGAGAUCUAUUGGGACUUCUAGGUGCUCAUCCAGUGACCCCCUUGUUGACCCUCCACCACCUUGACGUGGUUGAGCCAAUAUUUCCACGCAUGACGCGGGUGAAGGCCCUGCAACGCCUAUUCCAGUCCGCAAGACUCGACUCGUCGAGCAUAAUGCAGCAAUCGAUCUGCUACGACAAGAAGCAGCAGUGGUCGAUCUCGGUGUCGUGGGGGUACGUGGUUCAAAUCCUAAGAGGAGUGAUCUCCCCUCGAGAGCUGGAGAUGCCCACAAGAACAUUUCUGAAUUGGUACCGAAGGGCAGACUACACAGCCUACGCCUUCAACACAAGGCCUGUCACCAAGCACCCUUGCCAGAAGCCUUUCGUGUUCUACAUGACUACGACGCGUUACGRUCGGGCCAGGAAGCAGACCAUUGGCGUCUACUUGAGGGAUAAGUCUCGCCACCCCUAUUGUCGCUGGAAAAUGAAUUCUCCUGACAAGAUCGACUCCGUCGUCGUCUUGAAGAGGCCCGAUCCCUAUCGAUGGCAAAAGUCGCCAAGAAGGGAUUGUUGCAGAGUUCUUCCAUCACAUAAGCCAUCCACAAUGUACUUAUCAGUGGGAAACUGCCGGAAUGCUGAAAUUAGUGAAGUUGAUCAAUCAUAGCUAUCUCCAAAUCAUCAUUUAAUUAGAAAAAUCCAAC